AUGGCAGGGAACUUUUGGCAAAGUUCUCAUUAUCAACAAUGGCUCCUAGACAGACAGGACAUUCUUAGGGAACGGCAAGCUGAUUUAAAAGUACUUACCGAAGAUGAAUAUCAGAAAAUUAUGGUUUUUUAUUCAAAUUUCAUUCAGGCACUAGGUGAACAACUGAAGGUUCGACAACAGGUUAUAGCCACAGCAACUGUUUAUUUUAAAAGAUUCUAUGCAAGAAAUUCAUUAAAAUGCAUCGACCCAUGGCUGAUGGCGCCAACAGCAAUAUUUCUUGCAUCAAAAGUUGAAGAGUUUGGUGUAAUAUCUAACAAUAAAUUAAUGACCACAUGUCAAAGUGUUGUGAAGACCAAAUUUUCCCAUGCUUAUACUCAAGAAUAUCCUUAUAGGAUAAAUAAUGUCUUAGAAUGUGAAUUUUAUUUGCUAGAAAUGAUGGAUUGUUGUCUUGUAUUGUAUCAUCCUUAUCGUCCUCUAAUCCAAUACUGUGCAGAUUUGGGACAAGAUGAAAACUUAUUGCCUGUUGCUUGGCGGAUAGUGAAUGAUAGUCUUAGAACUGAUGUCUGUCUAAUGUACCCACCUUACUUGAUUGCACUAGCUUGUUUACACAUAGCAUGUGUGAUACAAGAUAAAGAUGGACGACAAUGGUUUGCAGAACUGUCUGUUGAUAUGGACAAAGUUCUGGAAAUUACUAAACAAAUUUUAGCUCUAUGCCUAAACCUAAAACAAACCCAACCAGGGAGCUCCAUCUUGCUGGGAAAAUGUCCUCUUAAACAAUUUCGAGGCCUUGAGUUGAGGUAUGAAGAAAAUUGUCAAGUUUUUGCAAAGGCCAACACUACAAGGACCAAACAGUCAAGAGAACAGCCAGUCAUCCCAGCCGUCCCAACCAGCCCAACAGCAGAAUCAGGCAUCAGUACAGUGACCACAGCUACUUCUGUGAUUGGAGCACACCUUAAGCAAGGUUUUUUCUCCUCUUGA